CUUGAGUUGUCAGCAAUUGGAAUGAACGGCUGGCUUUCAUCCAUGAGCAACCUGCCGUGAAGUUGAUCGGCCCUGCAGGAGCGUAUAGAGGGCGAGAUGGGCAACAACCACACUGCGGACCGCCAUGGUGCCGUUAUCGACGAACACGCACUCGACUUCCUUCACAAAGACGACAGAGAUGCCCUCCACACGUAUGCAGACCACACAGAAAUGACAUGAGGGAGGGAGAGCGGCAGUGAACAGGUGGGUGUGUCUGUUUGUGGGUGUGUGAUCUGCGUAUGUGUGCAGCCAGCCGGAGGUCGGCAGCCUCAGAGCCACGGCGCACUUCCUCUGGGAAGUCGACUUCUCGGCCGCCGUCCUUCGCAACCGACUCAAUCGCUGCCUGGUGGCCAGGGGGCUGCAGACCAUCAUCGCAUUCGACGCUCAGCUGGACCGCCCUCUGCUGCUGAAGGCCAUCUGGCUGGUGGACACGCAGCAGUGGACCGAGGUGACCAAUGCGCUGCGCUUCGCGCGGCAGAGGGGCUUCUGUCAGCUGCCCAUCACACUGGCUGUGGUCGACCUGCAGCGGCACGAUAGCAAACAGGUGGGCAGAUGAGCGCGGGGCGGGUGGGUGGCACUCAUCGGUCUGUCUGUCUGUAUGUGUGUGUGUCUGUCUGUCCGUCGUGUGGUGUCUGUGUAGGCGUAUUUGGCCGGUGUGCGUGUGAUUGGGUUGUGGAAGAUGGUCGGCAGACACGUCAACUUCGGCGGCGACUACGGCCGUUUUGAGCUGUUCGACCAGCCGGGCGGCGGUGUGCGUGCCCUCCGCGACGAGCCGGGCUACGAGCUGGACAUCAACCCCCUCCUCCCCCCCGCCCACCCAUACCACACACACACCAUCAACGACAACCCGCCCGUCAAAUGCCGAAUCCGCCCGCAGGGGGGCAGCUGGACGGCCGGUGAUGAGGUGAUCACUCAUGCUUCGGUGUCGUCCUUCAUCAUGAGGACCAUCAUGGCCCCCCCAAUGGCCAAUUGGGGCAAGACGCCUUUGGUUCACGUGGAUCGGUACGCAGGCCACACCACACUCAGGCAGACAUCCAUCCAUCCAUCCCAUGACGGCCUCUUCCCUCUGUUAUGUGUUGGUCUGUUUAGGCAUGCCCACGGCGGUGUGCUGGACGGCCUCCUCAACCAGUCGCCCCACCAGCCCCCCAACCGAUGCACCGCCAUUGUGGCGACCAGGGUGGACAGUAGCCAUCCCCCCGGUGAGAUUCGCACUGUGCUACUGACACCACUCGACAGCCCAUUCGUCGCAUCGAUCGAUCUGGGUAUCUUCCCCGACGUCCACAUGGGUAAGGGAACAAGAUAGCAGAUUAUCUGCUGAGUGAGUCGUCCUUUAUGCAGUGUUUGUUUCUGUCGUCACCAACGAGCCGCCAGUCGGUGAUGCAUCUGAUGCCAUCAAGGACCGCCGGCCCACCACCGCCCCUCUGGUGGGCGGCCUGCUGGGCAGCACCAUCGCAGACAUGGUGGUCAACCAACAGGAAGCCGCUGAUGAGGGUGAGUGUGCAGCCGGCCGCCCCCGUCUCUGUGUGUCGGUUGGAUGAAUCGGCGUGUGUGUGGUGGUGUGCAGAUGAGGGUGCGGAUGACGACGAUGGCGAUAGUGGUGAGGGUAAGUGGUGUGUGUGCGGUGCCCAGCCCGCCUUGCUAGGUGUCUUACUCCUAUGUAUGUGUGUGUCUGCAGAGGAUGACGAGGAUAGUGCGGAUGACGGCGACAGCGAUGAGGGUGAGUGGGAGGAGGAUGAGUGGGACGACACCGACGGAGAGGGCGAGGGCGAUGGCCAGCAGCAGGAGGAAGAGGGUGAGAUGGGGGCAGAGGAUGAGCCAGAUCAGAGCGACACACAUGCAUUCAUUGUGUGCGUCAUGGAUGUGAUGUAUGCAGGUUGAUCGACUGCGACACUGGUCGGUGGGGUGGGGGGUGGACGGAUGGAUGGACGGAGGAUGGACAGGAGGCCAGACGUGGCGUAUGCACGCAGCCAGCUGCCUCUCAUGACAUGAUGUAGACAGAAUCCAUGCGCUUUUGCAGCAGACAGACUUGCAUGCAUUGCAUUGAUGUGUCCUUGUGUGUCUGAAGAACCCUUUCUGUGUACACGUAUGGUAUGUGUUCUUGACGGAAGCUGCUUUCCGUUUGUUCUUCGUUUCCACAGACACACACACGAACCAACGGCAUGGCGCAC